AAACUUCUCUCAACUCUUCUCAUAAUAAUACACCUAGUUCUCUCUAUUAUACUCUCCAAAACCUCUCUUUUAUAAACCAAAAGCUUUACUUACAAAACUUUUGUGUCUGUAACUUCAUCAAAUGGAGAACAACAACACAUCUUUUUAUCAGUUCAGUGACCAGCUUAGAGUCCAGACCAACAACUUUCAAAACCUUUCGCUGAAUGACUCGAUUUGGAGCACUUCAUACGGGUCAAAAAAACCCGAAACCCGACGCAACUUCGAUAUCCGGGUCGGAGGUGGCCUCAACUCGACCCCAACCGACUCAGUGAGCCAAACCGACAAUAACCCGAAAUCGGAUUUCAAUGGCUUCAAUCACAGCUGGAAAAUUGAGUCUCCUCAAGUCGGGUCGCAAUUCGGGUCGAACUCAAACGGGUCGUUCAACAAAGGGGUUUAUUCGAAACCUAGCUUUAAUUUUAAUUCAGUUAAUGGGGUUAACUCUAAUGUUGUGAGCAACCUGAAGAAUGGGUUUAAUGGGAAGAUGAUUGAUCAAGAAGAGGGUAACUUUAAUUUUAAUUUUAAUCAGCCUCAGCAGCAGCAGUUUCAUGGGAAAAGUGUGAAGAAGAACAAGAACAAGAAUAAUAACAAUAAUAGUGAGAGUGGGAAUAAGAAUGGUGGUGAGAAUAAGAAUGGGGUUGAAAAAAGGUUUAAGACUUUGCCACCUGCUGAAUCUUUGCCUAGAAAUGAGACUGUUGGUGGGUAUAUUUUUGUGUGCAACAAUGAUACUAUGCAGGAGAAUCUCAAGAGGCAGCUCUUUGGUUUGCCUCCACGUUACCGUGAUUCAGUCCGAGCUAUAACACCAGGGUUGCCCUUGUUUCUCUACAAUUACUCCACUCACCAGCUACAUGGUGUUUUUGAGGCUGCAAGCUUUGGAGGAACAAACAUUGAUCCCACUGCUUGGGAGGACAAGAAGAACCAAGGAGAAUCCCGCUUCCCUGCUCAGGUUCGUGUAAUGACAAGAAAAAUUUGUGAACCACUGGAAGAGGAUUCAUUCAGGCCAAUUCUCCACCACUACGAUGGUCCUAAGUUCCGCCUGGAGCUCAACAUCCCCGAGGCUAUCUCUCUGUUGGACAUAUUCGAGGAAACCAAGGCCUAAGAAUGCAACAUCCUGAGGAACCGCCAGCUUAAAGAUCGUCAAGACACCGGAAGAGUUUCAGAUGCUGAGAUAAGCGAAUAUACUAUAAUCAUACUAGUACUUUAAAAAUAGAAGCCAAGGAGCAUAUGUGGAAAUCAAAUUAUGUACAAGUUAUUAAGAAGUAACUUUUACUUGUUUAUAUGGGAGGCGGAGUGGUUGUAAUUUUGACUCUGGGGGUUUAAGAGUGAAGGUGUUAUAUGUAUAGAUAAAGUAUGAAAAUAAUGAACAACUCCUGUUAUGUUA